AGACCCCGCCCAGUCGCGCGCCCCCGCGCCGUCGCCUAGACGACGAGUCGCAGCGGCCUGGCGCGCGGCGGCGGUUGGCGGCGGCCGUUGGCGGUGGGAUGCGCCGGGCCGGCCGCGGGCCCGGUGGCGGCGGCGGCGGCGGUGGCGGUGGCGGUGGCGGUGGCCGCCUGGCUGGCACCGCCCGGAGCGCCGCAGUUCUAUAUGAGAAUGAGCAUGUCCUCUUCUUUCUUAAACUUUAUAUCUGGAUCUCAGAAUAGCUAUAAUUUGGAGCAGACCAGUGAAUAUCCUGCUUAAUUAUGGGAAGACAUUCAUCAAUGUAAAACAGUCUGGAAGAAGAAAAUUUCUUUAAGAAAAUAAAAGCACAGAAUCUGUUAAUAAAACAGAAGGCAUUUAGUAUUUCCAAAGCUUUUGGCUCUCCUGGUCUUACAAAAUGAACCGUUAUACAACCAUGAAACAACUGGGCGACGGCACCUAUGGCAGUGUGUUGAUGGGGAAGAGCAACGAGUCAGGAGAACUUGUGGCUAUCAAAAGAAUGAAAAGAAAGUUCUAUUCAUGGGAUGAAUGUAUGAAUUUGAGAGAAGUCAAGUCUCUGAAGAAGCUGAAUCAUGCCAAUGUAAUAAAACUGAAAGAAGUCAUCCGAGAAAAUGACCACCUUUACUUUGUGUUUGAAUACAUGAAGGAAAAUCUCUAUCAAUUAAUGAAGGACAGAAACAAGUUGUUCCCUGAGUCAGUCAUCAGAAACAUUAUGUAUCAGAUAUUACAAGGGCUAGCUUUUAUCCAUAAACACGGAUUUUUUCAUAGAGAUAUGAAGCCUGAAAACCUUCUAUGUAUGGGUCCAGAACUUGUGAAAAUAGCUGAUUUUGGUUUGGCUAGAGAGCUAAGAUCUCAGCCACCAUAUACAGAUUAUGUUUCUACCAGGUGGUACCGUGCUCCUGAAGUUUUGCUAAGAUCAUCAAUUUAUAGCUCUCCUAUUGAUAUAUGGGCAGUUGGCAGCAUAAUGGCUGAACUAUACACACUAAGACCUCUUUUCCCAGGGACAAGUGAAGUAGAUGAAAUCUUCAAAAUUUGCCAAGUAUUAGGGACUCCAAAGAAGAGUGACUGGCCAGAAGGAUACCACCUUGCUUCUGCCAUGAACUUCCACUUCCCACAAUGUGUCCCUAUAAACCUAAAAACUCUCAUCCCAAAUGCAAGCAGUGAAGCAAUACAGCUUAUGAGUGAUAUGCUGAACUGGAAUCCAAAGAAAAGACCUACAGCAAGUCAGGCUUUGAAGUACCCUUACUUUCAAGUUGGCCAAGUUCUAGGACCUCCUUCACAAUAUUUGGAGAAGCAAACUCCUCUUAAACCAGUACAGCCAACAGAGCCAAAGCCAACUCUACCCAAACUGGAAGCUGUAGCCAAGCUAGAACUUCUGUCUUCACCUGAUGUACCUGACAAAACACAGCCACAGCCCCUGUUAAAGGCUGACCACUCACCUCUCCAGCAAAUUCAGUUGCCUCAGAAUACAGUUAACCAACAAAUAUCAAAACAGCAGCAGCCACAGACACAACCAUUUUUUCCAGCUCUCAUUAAAAACUCAUCACCAAAACAAGCAGCUAGUAGCACUCAAAAUGGUGCAGUAGGUCUUAAAAGCUGCAGGAGACGAUGGGGUCAAGCUUUGGUAAAGGCUGUGGACAGCCGGGAUGACUUGGAUGACACCGAAUUUGGAAUGUCAUAUUCAAAGAAUCCUAGCAUUGCACUGUUAAAAGAAAAGAAAAACAAGGAAUGUCUUUUUAGUGUGCCAGAUCCAAAGGCUUCAUGUUGUAUCCAGUCAGGAGAUGAAAACAAGGUUCCAAUGCGAAAUGAUUCUGGAAUAUCAAAUACAUCAGCAAAACAGUACUAUCUGAGACAAUCAAGAUAUCUACCUGGUGUAAACCCUAAGAGUGUCUCUUUAGUAGCAGCUAGUAAAGAAGGAUCUUAUGGAACCUGGAACAACCGGUUGUUUUCUAAACCGCUAGGACAUGUUGGAGGAGGACUGUCUUUCAACAAAAAUAAUACAGAAGAGAACUUAAUUAUACCAAUCGAAAAACUAUCAUGCAAAGAAAGGUUGAAUGAAAAAUUAGAGGAUCCAAAAGGAAAUCCUGGCUUUGUAGGUAGUGCUGCUCACAACCCACCAGGAGGAUAUAUGCCUUCUUUUCAUAAAAAAGAAGUUGGAUCAGCUGGACAACGGAUACAGCUGGCCCCUUUUGGUGCAUCUGCCUCAGAUUAUUCUUGGAAAACCAAAGCUGUUCGUGCUCAGUUACCAGGUACUACUUACAAUUCAGCAACAAAAACCAUGAAUAUUUUAACUCGUCCACCAGCAAUUCAGCCAGUACAUGGAAGAACAGACUGGGUGGCCAAAUAUGGAGGGCACAGAUAGAGAAUGUCAUCCUGCAGAGAUGUUACAUGAGCGUCAGUCGUCCUGCACUGGGAACCCAAAAUGCCUAUUUGCUCUAACUUUUCCUAAGCCUAUGCAAUAUUAGAAAAUAAUAAAAGACCUUGUGUUCUAUUGCCCAUGGAAGAAAAAUAUAUUUCACAUAAUAUUAUUUAAAAUAUUGGCUGUAAGGUAGGAUUUCAUAAAGUAUUGUAUAACAUAUCUUGCCAAAACUACUGAGUAUUUAAUGCAAAUAUUUCAUUAACAUUUUUCUAUAUAUUCACAUAGUAUGAGUGUACUCUUAAAAACAACUUUUAUGGUUGUUUGUCCUAUGCAAGUCCUCCAUUGGCAACUGCUGCUUUCUUGUAUGCAAACAGCAAAAAAACAGGGCUAAACUAGAGGAAGCACCAAGCUUUCAGGAGAUAUGCUGCUUCCUUACUACAAAGGUGAGAGUGAAAGCACAGAUUAGACUUGGAGAAGAACACAACGCUGUCAAACAAGGUUUUCAGAACUCGCCUGUACCUAAGAGUUAUUUAGGGUUUAUAAUGUGAAAAUGGUUGUAGCGAUUGUGAGAACUUAAUCCUUCUAGUAGGAGAUAAGUAAUCCACAGACAAAUAUGACAUGAGAAAGGUCUAAAAACUUGGCUGAUAAUGAUAUAGCAGUACUGGAAAAUAGCUGAACAAAUAUUGAAUGCUACACUUACCUGGCCAAGUUACAAUUAAGUUUAAAAAUUGCAUUCUACAGUUAUAAUUAAAUCAUGUCCACAUUUGGUCAAAGAUCUAUGGAGGUUUACAUCUCCUUUGUCAAAGGAGUGUCACAGUGAAGUUUUAAAGAGCCUGAGUCACUUUAGUCUAAUAGUCACUUAAAUUUAAGAGUCAAUGAGCCAAAAAGGCAUAAAUGAUCAAUAAACCCCUGCUUCUGAAUGCCUUUAUUGGGUUAUCAUCAAACUGAACUACAGACUUCUUAUAGAAGUCCAAUAAACUAUGUGAGAGAAGAAUUCAGGCUGCUCUUCAAAGAGGUUGCUUUCUAUCUUAAAGGUCAGCUUUGGUCUCUGAAAACACACACGGACUCUUAAUAAUGCAAUACCUCAAUGUUUAUAUGCUCAUGCAACACAUUUCCUGGCUUCUACGCUAAGUCUUAAAGUAAUAUCCUGCAAAGGACCUUGCAUUGUACAAUAAAGCAUAUUAAGAUGGAUAUUUUAACAGGAUAUUUCUGUUAAUAGUUGUAUUUAGAAUAGAUGCUUUAGGUUUAUUAGUUACACUAAACCUGCCAUUUAAAAGUACAAAAUGAGUACACGCUUUAAAGAUGUAAAGCUGUUAAUGAUUACUUUAAGGGUUGUAAAAAGAAGAGUGUUUGUAUAGCUUUUUUAACUGCAUAUAAAAACCUGAGUUCUUGCUGUUGACCUAA